CUAAUUUCGAUCGCUUAUUGAACAGGCUUCAAGCAUUGGUGCAACAGAUCCUAAUCUUAUUUUAAUGGCCUCGUGCUUCACAUAAAGAGGCUUCGGCAUCAUUCUCAGUAGAAGCCUCACAAUAGUGCUGAAUACCUCUGAUUUCAGGUUUAAAAAAAAGUGAAAUUUAAUUAAACUAGUACAAGGGGUUGUUGGUCAAAGUGGUUCUUUGUUGAUAUACAAAUACGGAAACGAAGUUACUUUAUACCAAUAUUACAGUUACCCAAUUUCUAAGGCAUGUGGCAAUUUGACUUCUAGGUCAGACCAGUCAGUUUGCACCCAGUGUGUUGCAAAUCCUUUGUCACAUCCUACGAGUUCUCAGUUUUCGUCCCAUUAAAAUGUGUUCUGGUCGUCGUGUAUCCCUAGAUAUAGCACCGCUUGCUAGCUGGGAUUCUUGUUCCGGUGAUGAGAAAACGGUUGUUGUGUUAGUCGGUCUGCCUGCUCGCGGGAAGUCAUACAUAUCUACCAAGCUCUCAAGGUACCUUAAUUGGGUUGGAAUUAAUACACGAGUUUUCAAUGUUGGAGCUUAUCGUCGACUUCAAAUGAAAGAUUACAAUGACCAUAGUUAUUUUUCCGAUGAAAAUAAUGAAGGCGUAGCACUCAGACAGUAUAGUUUACCGUUUUUGAACCUUAUUUUGCCCAAUAAUUACUUUUGCUUAAUAUUUUAUAAAUACGAGCCGAAAAACUUAAUAUUCUGUUCUCACGUAAUGUUCAGUCUUUGGUAGGUUUUUAUCUCGCUUAAAGAUGCUUUGUGUACUGAAGAAGUUUAGGGAGCAGUGUUUCAGAUUAUCUGAAAGAAAAAUAAAGAAGUGAGCCGACAAAUUUGAGCGCAUAUAAUCCAUUUACAUUUAAAGGGAAAAGCAACUGACAACAAUAAGAAAUAGCAUAGGCGUGCGGCAAGGACGAUCUGAUAAUCGAUUCUAGAAGUCGAUGGCAAAAAUUGCAUCAGAAGCAUUAGAUGACUUAAUCUCCUGGUUAACAUCAGAAGUUGGCAAGAUUGCCGUUUUCGAUGCGACAAAUACAACACGAGAACGUCGAUUGUGGAUAAUGGAACGAUGUAAAGCACAUAAUUUUCAAGUUAUAUUUGUCGAGUCGAUUUGUAAAGAUAAAAACUUGAUUCAGGAGAAUGUUUUGGAAGUAAAAGUCAACAGUCCUGACUACAAAAGUAUCGAUAAAGAAGAAGCGUUAAAAGAUUUUCUUAAACGUAUCGAACAUUAUGAAAAACGUUACGAAUCAAUUGAUGAUGAUCUGGAUAAGGAUUGGUCGUAUAUUAAAAUAUUUGAUCAAGGCAGACGAUAUCUAGCUAAUCGUAUAGAAGGUAAUAUCAACAGUCGAAUUGUCUAUUAUUUAAUGAAUAUUCGUGUAAACAAACGUACCAUUUAUUUGACACGACACGGUGAAACGGAUCUCAAUAUUCAUGGUCGAAUCGGUGGGGAUGGGAAGCUUUCUGAACGGGGUGAAUUAUAUGCUAAAAAACUUGCAGCAUUUAUGGAACAAGAAAAAUUAGAAAAUCUUAAAGUUUGGACAAGUCAUUUUAAGCGUACUAUACAAACUGCUGAACAUAUUCAUUGUUCACAAAUAAGUUAUUGGAAAGCAUUGGAUGAAUUAGAUGCAGGAGUUUGUGAUGGUAUGACAUAUGAAGAGAUUCAGGAAAAAUAUCCUGAUGAUUUUGCACGACGUGAUGCUAAUAAAUAUUAUUAUCGUUAUCCAAUGGGUGAGUCAUAUCAAGAUUUGGUGACACGUCUAGAGCCAGUAAUUAUGGAAUUAGAACGACAAACAUCAGUUUUGGUUAUUUGUCAUCAGGCUGUGGCACGUUGUUUACUUGCCUAUUUUGAAGAUAAAAACAAGGAUGAACUACCUUAUAUUCAUGUUCCAUUACAUACUGUAUUCAAAUUAACACCGACUGCUUAUCGUUGUAUAGUUGAACGUGUAAAAUUAAAUGUACCAGCUGUUGAAACACAUAGAUUGAAACCAGAGAAUACUAAAUUAUUACGUUCAUCAUUUGAAGCAAUGAAAACUGUUCCAGCUGAAUAUUAAUUUAAAUGAUCCAUUAAAAUACAUUUAGAAAAUUAUUAAUCUGUCUAUUUUUGUAAAUAAAUUUUUUAAAAAAAUAACAACAAUUCAUUUAUAUAAUGGGUAAUAAUUGUUUACUGGUUUAUUUGUUUGUUUAUUUAUUCUAUUUAUAUUACCGUUAUUUGUUUAUUGUUGUAUUCUGUUUACAUUUCAAAAUAUCUUCUAUAUAAAUAUAAUUCAAUUUAAUAAAUAAAUAAACAAUAUAGAAGAUUUUCAAUUCAACUGUAUAUAUUUUUUUAUCUAAAUGUGAAACUGCAAUUCUAUGAAUGACGUUUUAAGCGAUGCCAAAUUGAUUUUUGAGAGUAUUCACCUAAUAAUCAGGAUUAAAUGAGGUUUAAAAAAAUGUUAUUUUUUUCUGGUUAGCGUUUUUUUUUAUUUAGCGAGUUAGCUUUUCUACAGGAUGGGGUCGCUAACCCCAUGCC